AUGUCUUCUCCAGGGGGGCGUGUGCUGCGUCAUCACCAGACGAGGCCCAACUAUGGCUCGUCCUCAACACCCAAUACGAGAAUCUCGGGCAUUUCUGGUCCUUCCAAAACACCCGGCGGUAUCUCGACUCCGGGGACUAAUAACAUUCCUGUUCACGUUCGUGGUGGCACGGUUAUGAGUGGACUUACGGUAUCCAAUGGAUUAACUCCUAGCACACCUGGAACCCCGGGGACUCCCAGUCCUUCAACUCCAGGUCUAUUAGGGAGUGCUCACAGCGUGACUCCUCAGCCGACGGGUGAUGUGCCUGCUCAUAUGAUCCCUCCAGCUUCAAUGGCUGUUUAUACACCACAAAAUGCUCCUCAUUUAUAUCAGAGUACUGUAUACCAGCGCAUUAACCCUUCUCAGCAGCCAUAUAUUGGUAUGGGUAUGAGAGGAGUCGACUUCAUUGUACGAAUUUCCAUGUCUCUCCAGUGUGGAAUUGAAGACGAGGUCAGCUGGGCUUUAAAAGCGUUAUUGGAACUAUCAGUGAGACAACCGGGUUUGAUUCAAUUUAAAAAUAACACCUCGAUACCUCUGUUGUUGUUCGAUAAGAUUGCGCGUUCUUCGAUCUUCGCUGCUCCUGUCAGCAGUACUAUAUUAAACGACUCGACAUCGGCACCUGGUCCUGGAUUGGACUCGGAAGUCGAUUCUUUUACUCCUUCAAAUACAGCUGACGAUCUACAAGUUGGCAUUAGCUCAGAUAUUGGAGGUAAUACUACGGUUACUACAGGUAAUGGACCAGAGUCCAGCACUGAUUCUGCACCUAUUACAGUUCCCGAUUUAAAUAGCCCGUUUUACGGGUCGGCUGAUAGCGACUUUUUCCAACUGCACAAAACAAUCGAAGCUCUACUAAUUCUAAGAAACGCCUCGCUUGACCCGGAAAAUGCCCAUUUCCUAGCCAACUCGCCAUUCUGUAACGAGAUUGUGCUGCGAGGACUUCAGUUCAUGAUUGCAGGUAACGAUCCUAAAAGACCCAACUCGACCACUUCGUCUAAUCCAGCAGUCGCUGAAAUAUCCAGUUACUGUAUUGAUAUUGCCGAGUCCAUCAGUUUCCACAUGACCCCCGACUCGCCGUCGAAUCCAUUAUUUGCAACUAUUUGCAAGAUCAUCAGCGCCUCGACUGAUCGCAGUACAUUAAUUCCUACCAUCCGAUGCCUCUCACGACUAAUGAUUCGCGAUGACAAGAAUAUUGUCGGGUCAGUGCCACUUCCGAUUGUGUCGAGUAUUCUCCGAUAUUUACUUGUCACAGAUGAUGAAGAGCUCAUGUCAGCGUCACUGGAUUUCCUAUACCAAUACACAGCACGCCGAGAAAACGUAUCUCGACUGAUCAAUAUCUCAGAUGUGGAGAAUGGUGUUAAUAAUAAAGACGCUCACCUCAACUUAGAAAUCGUAACAACACAUUUGAGCAGACUUCUAACAUAUAAAAUCGAACCUCAGCCUGUGGCAGAUUACAUUCGACUUCCUAGAAAAACAAAGGAGCCAGUUCCUACCGAACCUCCCAAACUUCCUGCCUGGAUCCUGAAAGAGCUUUACGCCAUGGAAGAACCAGACCGAGCCACUCACUGGAUCCGUACCUGUUAUAUUGACGACGAAGACGGCGAAGUGACGCAGAUUUCACUCUGGAAAGCAUACGAAGCACAAUUUGAAACGUUUGCUCGUGAAUCAGGCCGUCGACUACUUCCUGCCGUUGACUUUAUCAAAAAUGUAACGUCAGCCUUCCGCACCUCGUCAGCCAUGGUCGUUCAAUUACCAGGAGGACAGAAAAAGUUCAUUAUAAAAGGCAUCCGUCCCAGAGAGUACCCUAUCGCGCCAUCUGUGCUAAACGCUCCCAAACAACCAGACCCCAAACCAACCGACCAAGCCAAUUCUAUCGUACGAGAACCAUCGGCAGUCUGUGUGACAUCGGCACUCGUACUUCAAAACAUCGCCCGCAGUCCGGCUGGCAGGACUCUGCUCCGUCCACGUGUCGAAGAGUUCAUCGGAUCCUACACUGUCAACCUGGCACUCGGUUCAUACAUCGACGGUCUCCUCGACAUCGUCUCUCGUUCCGGCGAGCACGAUCUGGACGACGAAGACCACAAAUAG